AUGUAUUUUACUAUCUUCAAGAAGAUUCUAAUAGGAAGUAUAGCACUGACUAUACUACUACUAGGAAUUUUGAGUAUUGUUAAUGAUAACUCGAAGUUUCUGGGUUCAGAGGAAUAUCUAGGGAAUCAAAAUUUACUUAAAUAGCAAAACUUUAUCUCGAAGCAAGAGGUAGAUUAAAUCUCCUCUUAAUUAAAAAAUAAUGGAGAUUCUAUUGAAUUGCCAUAGAAACUUUAAAUUGGAGCAAAAAAACCCACUGCAAUCAAUUACGAUUAUUCUUGGCUGAAAUCUCAAGUGAGUUCUCUCUAAUCUCAAAUCAUAAGUACUUAUCAAUCAAGAGUUGACGCACAUAUCAAUACUGACAAAGUUAUUUAUCGUCCUAAUGAUGUUAUUUUCAUAGAGGUUUUAUUCUUGGAAUCAUUUAAUAAAACUCCUAUAGCUCUAAGUGCAAAGGAUACCUAUUUCUCUUACUACUAUGUUACAGUUGAUAUCACAGAUCCAUCAGGCACUGUUUUGCUCUCAUCCUCUUAGUAAGUUCAGAAUUCUACAGUGGCUGUUAAUUUUAAGGUUCCCUAAAAAGCAGUCGGAGGAGAAUACUCAAUCAGUGUAUAUAGCUAUUCGUUAGCAAGGACUACCAAGAUUUUCAGAGUCAGAGAUUAUCCAAGAGAUGAAUUAGUUAUUACUUCAUUGACAAGUCUUGACUCAUAUAAACCUGGACAAACAAUUGAUGGAAAAAUCAACGUUUAGCAAGCAAAUGGAGAAGCUUUUGAGUCGGAUUCUCUGCCAACUUUUGAAUAUUCACUCGAUUUCUCUAGUCCAACUUAAUAAUUAGUUGAGGUCAGAAAUCAAGCUUUAAGCAAGGACGGAUCAGGAUACUUUUCUAUUGAGAUCCCAACAGAUUGUGACAUUAAUAUUCUACCAAUAGCAUUUAAGUCAACCAGAUCAAUCCACUAUUGA